AUGGCUCUUGGUCCAAAAGUGGCUCUAGGUCCUAAAGUGGCUCUUGGUCCUAAAGUGGCUCUAGGUCCUAAAGUGGCUCUUGGUCCAAAAGUGGCUCUUGGUCCAAAAGUGGUUCUAGGUCCUAAAGUGGCUCUUGAUCCAAAAGUGGCUCUUGGUCCAAAAGUGGCUCUUGGUCCAAAAGUGGCUCUUGGUCCAAAAGUGGCGCUUGGUCCAAAAGUGGCUCUUGGUCCAAAAGUGGCUCUUGGUCCUAAAGUGGCUCUAGGUCCUAAAGUGGCUCUAGAUCCUAAAGUGUCUCUAGGUCCUAAAGUGGCUCUUGGUCCAAAAGUGGCUCUUGGUCCUAAAGUGGCUCUUGGUCCUAAAGUGGCUCUUGGUCCAAAAGUGGCUCUAGGUCCUAAAGUGGCUCUUGGUCCAAAAGUGGCUCUAGUGGCUCUUGGUCCAAAAGUGGCUCUAGGUCCUAAAGUGGCUCUUAGUCCAAAAGUGGCUCUAGGUCCUAAAGUGGCUCUUGGUCCAAAAGUGGCUCUAGGUCCUAAAGUGGCUCUAGGUCCUAAAGUGGCUCUUGGUCCAAAAGUGGCUCUAGGUCCUAAAGUGGCUCUUGGUCCAAAAGUGGCUCUUGGUCCAAAAGUGGUUCUAGGUCCUAAAGUGGCUCUUGAUCCAAAAGUGGCUCUUGGUCCAAAAGUGGCUCUUGGUCCAAAAGUGGCUCUUGGUCCAAAAGUGGCGCUUGGUCCAAAAGUGGCUCUUGGUCCAAAAGUGGCUCUUGGUCCAAAAGUGGCUCUUGGUCCUAAAGUGGCUCUAGGUCCUAAAGUGGCUCUAGAUCCUAAAGUGUCUCUAGGUCCUAAAGUGGCUCUUGGUCCAAAAGUGGCUCUAGGUCCUAAAGUGGCUCUUGGUCCAAAAGUGGCUCUAGGUCCUAAAGUGGCUCUUGAUCCAAAAGUGGCUCUUGGUCCUAAAGUGGCUCUUGGUCCAAAAGUGGCUCUUGAUCCAAAAGUGGUUCUAGGUCCUAAAGUGGCUCUUGAUUCCAAAAGUGGCUCUUGGUCCAAAAGUGGCUCUUGA